AUGGUUCUGCUUGCGACCAGCUCGAACAAGAGGAUUGCAGAGCGCAUUGAGUGCAACAAGAAGGGGCUCCCGCGAGAUUUGGGCUGGAGAUCCUGCGUCCGGAUGAUGAACGAGGCGACCGACAUGAUGAUUGCGAUGAAGGAAUUUCACCCUGAUAUUUGGAAUGGCAAUGUGCGCGCCGCAAACAUGGCUGCUGCCGAGGAGAUGAUCGCAAAGCUCGGUCCGAGGUUCACACCGCAAUAUGUAAUGCGCAUAACGCGCGCCGGCUCGCACAUCGCCGCAUGGGCCUUGGGCGAGUUGGAGAACACGGCCCCGCUACGCUGGUACAUGGAGUGCAUGGGUCCCGACUGCAAGCAGAUUUCGGUCUCCAUGCUGGUGAACCUCGAGCCGGCGAUUAGCGCGCUUGAGGGAGAAUGUCACUUCCAGAGCGGGCCUCUGUUUGACAUUCAGUCACGUGGCUGGAUGAUGGGAUGCAGUAGACCUGUUGGAUAUUCCGACAUACCCAACCCCAAGGGUCCCGACAAGUUAGGUCUCAGGAAGUAG